CCCAAAUAUACUCCAUCUGCCUCCCAGUCUCCUUCCCCCUGGUCCUUUAUUCACCAGAUUUUGGGCCCCUCCCCCACGUGAAGUCACCGAGGCUAUAAAACCCCCCAUAUGGCAGAAUGGAUCAGUCAGUAGAACACCCCACUUAGAGCAUCUUUAGUCCGGCACAAUGAGUACCUCGGGACCACUGCAACUCGGGCUCAUUAACUGCAAUAACAAGUAUCUCACGGCCGAGACGUUUGGCUUCAAGAUCAACGCUUCAGCUUCUAGCCUGAAGAAAAAACAGGUAUGGAGCCUGGAGCCGGUCGGGGAGGAUUCGGGGGCCGUGCUGUUCAAGAGUCAUCUGGGCCGGUACCUCUCUGCUGAUAAGGAUGGUCGGGUGUCCGGGGAGAGCGAGGUCCCGGAUCCUGAGUGCCGGUUUCUGGUCGGUGUACAAGGGGACGGACGCUGGGUCUUGCAGUCUGAGUCUUACGGCCGGUAUCUAGGUGGGUCUGAGGACCGAAUCAGCUGCUUCUCUCCCUCCGUGUCCCCCGCAGAAAAGUGGGGGGUCCAUCUGGCCAUGCACCCCCAGUUCACCCUCUAUAGUGUAACCAGGAAGCGGUACGCGCGGCUGGGUGCCCAGGGGGAUGAGCUGUCUGUGGAGAGAGAUGUGCCCUGGGGUCUGGACUCCCUCAUCACCCUCAUCUUCCAAGAGAACCGAUACAGCAUCCAGACGCCCGACCACCGCCUGCUUGCCUCGGACGGCAGCCUGCGCACCGACUACAGCGCCGACACCGGCUACACCCUGGACAUCUCCGCCGGCAAGGUGGCAUUCAGGGCGUCGGACGGCCGCUACCUUACCCCGUCGGGCCCCAGCGGGAAGCUUAAAGCCGGCAAGAACAGCAAAAUCGGCAGGGACGAGCUGUUUGUCCUGGAGAGGAGCUGCCCCCAGGUGGUUCUUACUGCGGGCAACGGGAGGAACGUGUCUACUAGACAGGGUGAGUGGCUACUAUCUCCCCAUGAUGCGCUACCCCUAGAACCGGCAGGAUGGGCACGUGUGGGUAUAUAGCUAUCGCUAUUUCCAGGUCUGGGGCUACCUGAUCUCCCUAGAUUUCAGCCCACUUCUCAUCUGCAGUGUAAUCCAUAUCGGUGUGAUAGGCUCAUAUGUUUCAAUCUUCAGCUUGCCUACUUGUAUUCACUAAACUCCAAACUGCAUCGAAAUUAAAUCCAAAUGGUUAAAACUGAGGAUAAAAUAGCCAAGCUUUGACUAUAGGAGAAUGGGAGAUUGAGAAACAAGACUUUGUCUCCGUUAUACCAUUCCCCAUUUUCUUUGCUACAGAUCGGAGUUUAGUGAAUAAUCCUGAUUGAGUGUGCUGCUGCAUCCACAAUACAAAGGAAUGGGAAGUUGCUGAGUGAUCUCCCCCUCCCCUUCAGACACUCCCUCCCCACUCACGUCUCCAGUGCUUCCCGUUACUCUGUCUCUGCCUGGACCAUUCCUCUGUGAAUACGUCCAGCUAUUCCCCAAAUUACCAUGUUUUCUAUUUGCAGUUAGAAUUCCAUAUUGUGACAAUGUAUCAGAUUAAGCGUUCUAUCAGUAUAACCACAGCCGAUUUAAUUUCCCCUAUUUUUCAUUGUCUUUAUCUGUAUUUACAGGAUUGGAAGAGGUUUGGUAUUCCUUAUAAUUAGUGUGAUCGGUGUAAGUUAACGGUGUUUGCAUGGUGUGAAACCUACACUCUGCUGGUUUGAGAUUUACACGUUUUGCUUGAUUUCACGAGCUCUAUACCCCCACCCACUCCCCUAAGCACACAUCCCUACCCUAUAGAGAAAGGAGGCUUUGUCUGCUCAUGGCGCUAGCUAGAGUUGCAUGCUGCUCCACACCCACAUCUAGGCUGCAAAUGGGGUUGGGUUAACCCUACAGGGUCCCCUACAUUCUGACUGCUCUUAACCAACCCGCUUUCUCCCUUGUGGAUUAGCUUUUAUGUAUUAGCUGUUCUUAUUUUGGGGUAGGAUUGGUCUUCACUCCCCUCAGACCCACCCCAUGCCAUAGUUGUGGGGUUUGUCAGCAAAUAUGUUCGUAAUUGCUUCAUUAUGUCACAUUCUCAAAUGUAUUCCUUGAAUGCAUAGGAACUGUUUAAUUCUAAAUACGGGUAUAUCUACCAGAAGCCAAUACUAGAACAAGCCAUCUGUGUCUUCCGAUCUUUACUAUAACGCUCCUAAUGCUGGCUGGGGUUUAAUAUGGUGGCUAUUGAUUUUAGGACUCAUCAUUAUUAGGCACUCUUCACGUGUAAUUAAACCUGAUGGUGGCUACAGCAGAUUAAGCCAAUUUCCUAGUAUGACUUUUACUUAUAAAAUUUGGGUAUCCAGAUAUACCGGCAUAUGCAUUUCAAAAAGUAAAUUUUAGCCCCAUGUUAAGAUGUAUGAUCAGUGGUGAGACACGUUUGCAGAAAAUGCAAUGGUAGCUUAAAAUGAUCCUAAAGGAAAUGCUGCAAUGGAAAUAAAUUUGGAUUGUAUCCCAGUCUCUAUUCCAUACAAUCACUAAAACUGCUAUCCACUUCAAACCAUGUUUUAUACAUAUACUUUACUGGGUUUUGCAGCCUGUUUUUUUGAGUAAAGAAAAUCAAAUAAAUCAUGAUAUUGAACAUUCAUAUUGCAUAAAAGUAACACCACACUGCACCCAACUAUAAAAAGAAAAGCUAAAAUAAGCGACAAUCUGGUGCAGUAAUUUAAAAAACAAAAGUGCAAGGUAGGGAAUAUACUUUUUAUUUUUAUAAAGGUGUGACAAACUGUACUUGCUUGGAAGAAAUGUAUAGAUACUCAGUGCAAUGUAAACUCUGCUUGUAGAAGCCUUGGUUACAUAACUGGGCAAUAUACUGCUAUGGGGAUAACGUGCUAAAUCUUUUGAGCAAGAGGGUUGCACUCAGCCAUGCACUGUGUAAUAUUACUCAUGUCUUGCAAAGACGCAACUUCCAAGCGCAUACUCUGGGGUAAUGUAUUAUCAAGAGAAAAGUGCAAGUGUUUAUCCUUGUAGAGGCAGUCUGUUUAUCAACCAAAACAUUUGGGAAAACUAAUACCGCUUAAUGAUUCCUUAUAGGAAUAUGGAGGAAAAAAACAAGCAGUGGCUUGAUUGGAAAAUAUUAAUUGCAUUCUAAGGGAAAGUGGUGUUCUUGAGUUUGUCAAUAAAUAAGUGAAAUCUAAAAAAUAGCUGUGGUAAAUGCAACAUUUAAAGACUUAAACCACCAAUCUGUCUCAUUCCAAACGUGGCAAAAUGGAUCCAACUCAGGUUAUUUUUGCUCUGAAUGACAUGGGGGCAUUGAGACCAUUUCACCUGCAGGCGCUUUUGACUACUGUCUGAAACAGGAGUCUCUGAUAGAUGGGUCUGUGCAGUGACAUCCCUGGUUGCACACAGGGCAAGAUUAAGAGCCCAGUGGGCCUGGUGCUGACAAUUAUGAUGGGCCUAAUUACAAAAUUUUAUUUACCAAAAACACUAAAACAGUCCUACCUCCUAAGCGUCAUAUAUCUGAUGGAGAGGGUGCCAGAAACUCAUAGGAUGCAGUUAUGAGAAAACACAUACCCUAUGCUAAUCUCACGCUUUCAUCUUUCAAGUAAUCCCAUACCUCCUAACAGCAGUGUCCAGUAAAGCAGGAAGUCUAUGAAUGGGGUAAAAGGGUGGGCCACUGGCACAAAUCACAUAACCAGAACUGCCGAAAGGGUUGAACAUACACAAAAAGGGGCAUGUCUGUGUCCCCAUGUCACUAGGACACUGGGAGACAUUGGGACACUGGGUGACUUUGAGACAUGAGGGGAGCACUGGGAGAUAUUGAGCACUGAGACACUGUGAUGCAUAGGGGACACUGGAGGCUUGGUUUUGACCUUGGUACAGGUCAAAACGUUGCGGUGUCCAUUAAACCUGCUUAAAUCUAUCACAGUGAGUGCCUGAGCUUUUUUUUUUUUUUCUUUUAUACUAGGACAUAGACACUUGGGGGCCCUGUGAGACAUGGGGACUCUGGAACACUGGGGACACUAAGGACACAGACAUCAGGGACACUGAGACACUCUGAUACAUAAGGGUCACUGUGAUACAUAGGGGACACUGGAGACUUGAUAAAGACCUAGGUACAUGCUGAAACAUUGUGGUGUCCAAUAAACCUGCUUAAAUAUAUCAGUGAGUGCCUGAGAUUUUUUUUUAUACUAGGGGACACUGAGACUUUGGGAGACUGGAAACACUCAGACACUAUGGACACUGGCAUACUACGGACACUGGGAGACAUGGGGAUACUGAGAUACUAGGGACACAGGCUGGGAGACAUGGCGACACUGGGAGGGCCCCAGGUCUCAAAGUUGCCCAGUGUCCCCAUAUCUCCUUGUGUCUCCAUGUCUGUCACCUAGUGUCUGUGUCCCCAUGUCGCCCAGUGUCCCAAUGUCUCAGCUUCCCCAAGUAUCUUACCGUACCCAUGUCUCGCAGGAUGGAGCUGCUGUCCGGACUCUGUGCAGAGCUGCUCCCUGCGGAUCAGUGAGUAGUGAGAGGCAGGGAGGUACAUGAUGUAACGCCUUAUCCCUGCCUCUCUCCAGACAAACAGCGACCCCCUACUGGCCGGCGCUGGUAUUGCAGAAUAAUCUGUUUAUACUCAGACAUUUCUAUUGCCGGUAUUACUGCAAUACCGGUACCGGCUAGGCAGCCUCAAAUACCUGGCAACGAUAAGAAAUAAACUAGAAAUACAUGGCAGCCCUAAGAGUAGUGUCUGUGUAAAAAAAAUAAUAAUAUAUAUAUAUAUAUAUAUAUAUAUAUAAUUUUUUUUUUCAGUGGGCCUGGAGCUACAGCUCCAUCAGCCCCUAUGUUUAUCUGGCCCUGGUUGUACAGCACCCAAAAACUUACUGUUUGGGAAUAUAGACUGCCUGCCUUUAAUGCUGAGUCACAUAUGCUGAUGUGGGACAGUUUGCCAUGUGACCAGUUCUGAAACACACAUUUUGUCUGUAUACAGAUAUAUCAGUGAAUUUUCUGCCCACAUUACACUGAAGUUUUCUUAUUCGACAGUGAGUUCCAUUGAAAUAACACUUGCAAAUUUCAAGCUCUGCUACCAGUUUUGGAAAAUUUCAUCUUGGUAAUUUUUCAUCUGUCAUUUUAGCUUAAAUAUGAAAGUCAGUUGAGAACUCAAUAGCUUUCGGCAAAAGUUACCAAAGUACAGUUUUUCGCAGGUACAGUAACAAGGUAGAGAAUCCAACUUCACCAAUAGGCUUGUGCAUUACUUUUUCAUGUUCCUUUUAACAGAACUAUAUUCUAACUUCUUUACUUUAAAGCAUAACCACUUUAAUAAAUGAAACAUAAGGUGCUUAUUCUGAACAGAGAUUGUUUAAACAAUAAUAUAUUAGCACUAAAAAGUACAAGUAGAAACAGCACUCGUAGAAUUAAAAUGUAAUUUGUUUCAUAUGUUCAGUUGUAUAGAAACCAGAGGAACACUGGUAUUCAGUCAUUCAAAUAUAGGAAUCCCAGAAAUAAAAUCUAGUUGCAGAAACUACUUAAAAUCUGAUAGUAGUAAGAGUCUUUUAUAGAAGUGACCCUUUAGUAGUUGGUAUGUGAUCUGUUACUGAUGUGAAUGCAGACUAAUGUACACUUUAAAACUAAUAAGAAGAAAUAUGGUAUAGUACAGCCCAAACAACUCUAUUAAAUUCUUAAAACAGAUCUGUCACAAUAUUUUGGAAUGUUCCUGCAGCCAUACACUUUAUAUCUGUUCCCGAAGCUCUGUUUUCAAGCAUAUGAUCUCCAUAUGUUUAGUUUUCAAAUGUCUGCCAAAAGCAUAAUGGUAAAAUUUAAGGAAAUCUAUAGUGAAAUAGUAUGGACUUUCUCUCAAAGGGCAGCCAGUGAAAGGUCAUGUGAUCCCGGGCUAUCGCACAACUUCCAGCAAACCUUCCUCAUACUGCAGCGGCCAGGAGGAAGUAAAUGAAGGGGCAGUGCUGUUAGGCACUGGGGAACCAACCUUUGGUAAGAUAGUGCUGAUUAAUUCCUGCCCCAUAACUCAACGAACUGAAAUUGUUUAGGGGGUGGGAGUCUUCCUUUAAGGGGACAAUUAAGGCAGUAUAACCCUUUAGCUCAUUGAAGUUAGUCGGGUUGCUCUCACUGACUGCUUUUGUUUAGACAUAUUUAUUGAUCUGACAAAAGAAGCUUAAAGGACCACUCUAGCCACCCAGACCACUUCAGCUUAAUGAAGUGGUCUUGGUGCCAGGUCCAGCUAGGUUUAACCCAUUUUUUCACAAACAUAGCAGUUUCAGAGAAACUGCUAUGUUUAUGAAUGGGUUAAGCCUUCCCCUAUUUCCUCUAGUGGCUGUCUCAUUGACCGUCACUAGAGGCGCUUGCGUGCUUCUCACUGUGAUUUUCACAGUGAGAGCACGCCAGCGUCCAUAGGAAAGCAUUAUGAAUGCUUUCCUAUGUGACUGGCUGAAUGCGCGCGUGUGCAUUCAGCCCAGGAGAAGGAUCGGAGGAGGAGAGCUCUCCGCCCAGCGCUGGAAAAAGGUACGUUUUUACCCCUUUUUCCCCCUUCCAGAGCCAGGCGGGUGUUUUUUUUCCUAGCACUAUAGUGGUCCUUUAAGCUCAUAUCUCCAUCUCCAAACCGUGUCGGUGACACAAUUCUCACUUCCUGGCUUACAUACAAAUUCAUACCAGUGAUUGGAAUGCAGCACAAACAUGAAGGGAACUUUAAUACUUCGCUCCCUUGGAAUCGGCACUUGCUCUUAUUGAUUGUGGUUGGUCAUAUGUACCCAGGAGAAGGAGGUUGACCCAGAGACCUGUCAAUUAGUGGUCAGUAUUUUCCAGGUCUCAUUAAAUGUACAUAUCUGGAGCUCUGCACUAUUUCUAAUUUAAAUUGAACUCUCAUCUGAGCAGGGUCCUCAUAAACUUAUUGUUCCUGUAACAUUUUGUAACUCAUUUAUUGUUAAAUUUCCCAUUUUAUAAUAUUGUAAAUAAGUUGGCACUAUAUAAGUGUCAGUAUUAAUAUGUAGAAACUAGCCUAACUUGGCUGUAGGCUAGAAUUGGAUAUAGGUUGCUUUAUUUCCAUAUUUGGGGAAAGACUAGAUUCUAAAUCCCACCACCUUUCCGGCAUGACACAUUUUAUGACUGUUCGGUCUGGUAAAAACUUCCUGAUUCGCUUCCUCUUUCCAGGUGACUUCCAUACUCUUUGCCAGAGAAUAUUAAUGACCUCAUACCCCUCCUUUAGACAAAUAGGAGGAAACACAUGUCGGUUGACUAUUCAAAACAACCCAAAUAUGGUUUGGAUAGCUGGGUAUUAAGACAAAAUAAAUGUUUGUCUAUGGCUAACAUGUGGUAAAACGACUAAAAUGGAGCACUCCUCUUCCCCCUCCCCCCCUUUUUUUUUCUGUUAUUCAGCAUUCUUUCUUUUGCAUUUAUUGCAGACUGUGUACUUUCCUGCCUUCAACCUGUAGAUGAACACAAUUUUUGAAUUUGGAAGAUUGGCCAUGUAUUUGCUAGUGCCAUGUACCCUUAUUCUAAUUGUACUGCCCUAGAUAGAUAUAUUAUGGUGGUUUGUGUGUAAUAAUUUGUAUAUCUUCUCACAAGUUGUGUACCUCACGUCUUGUCCUUCUCAAGCAGUCAAAAGUGGCAGAACCAAACAAAGCUGUAACAUGUUCUUGGCAAACAUUUAAUCGUUGUACCACUUUUCCUAAUAUAAUGCACCUUGUCAAGCACACUCAAGGUUAAUGAAAUUGCAGAAUGGCAGUCUUGUUUUCCAGAUAAAUAUAGUUUGUCUGUGGUAUAUUUGGCUUGCCUUUAGUUAUAAAUUUGGAGAAAAUAUUCUGCAGACAUGGUCCAUGAAAACGACAUUUACAUUGCUUUACUAUUCGUCACAAAGACUGUUUUAUAGCUGGGCAUUGUGGCAUGCUUAGUAACAGCUGGAAUGCCAAAGGUUUGUAAUUGUUGUGGAUUGCUUAUACAAGUAAUCAAAUCCUACUGGAGAGAUUACUGAGCAGCUGCAGCCAGUUGGGAUUUUUUGUUUAGACUCUUUUGCAGACAGCCACACGUGACCAUUAUAAACUGCUUGGUGAAAAGAAUUCCAUUCACCAAAUUGCUUGGUAUUAGCAGAGACGGAGAAGUACUGAGAUAAUGGUUCAAGGAUGACCUGGAUAAGUGACUGGUUUGGUACACUGAGAUUGUGUUGUGACCAUGACAUUUUUAAAAGUUUAAGUCAGACAUGCUGCCAGUUACUAAACAUAUUAAAGUAUACCCAUAAAUUAAAAUUGCAGUAUACUGUAUGUGUGAACAGCAUGUUUUUAUUAUUGAAUUGCUGUCAUUGGUUUUGUUAAUUCUAAAACGUUCCAGGUCUGGUUAUUGGCACACUUUCAUUACCCAGAGUCCUCUGUAAUCUGAGAUGUUCUUUCUCUCAACUUGUUAAGAGUACCACUUUAAUGCACAGUAUUAGGAGUUAAUUAUACAAGAUCACGUUGGGAGUAUUGUGGGUGCAUCAUGGUUUUGAAGCAGGUUUGAAAUUAAUAGAGCAUGGUGUGGAGUUUAAAAAUACAGGUUUAUAUAAUACUCUGGAUGCAUUCAAAGAUUUUGUCUGUUUUAUUCGUAGAACAGGUUUGUCUUUAGAGCCGGACAUCGGGUUAUGGUAUACGAGUCCUACAUAGGAGGACCUGUGACAUUUACAUUUAGGCUGAGGUUCCCAGUCUUCAUGCCAGCUACCAGUGCCCCUGAUUUUCAAUCACCUCCUUUGUACCCAUACACCUAACAAUCUCACCAGUCAUGCUGGAUAGUCUUAAACAUUUAAAUUGUCUUCAUUAUUACACAAUAAAGAUCUGACAAUAAAUUAGUCUGAUAGUAUAAUGUAUAAGUUUGCACAGGAUAUUUUUAUUGAAGAUAUUUUAAUUGCUGUAUAACUAAAAAGCCUGCACCAUCAUUGUGGUUUAUAAUGGGUGUCACUACAAUGCAGAGUUAAACUCUUCUAAUUGGUGCAGUAAUGUGGUGUACAGCAGAAUACCCAAUGCUGUAUGUUGAAGGUGGCUAGAUUUAGGUGCACAUUAGAUUGGGGAGGUGUCCUAUACUUUUAAGAUGUGGUGAAUUACAUUCCUACCACUCAGCCGUGUGUCAUAAGAAUGAGAAUCACAGGAGUUGCAUUCCGUAGCAUCUUGAAGGCAAGGUUCCUCUUGAAGGAAAUGGAGGUUAAAGCAAAAAGCAGCAGGAAGGAAACUGUAGUUGAUGGUUUCAAUAUUUAAGGGACACGUGGGUUGAGUUGUGAAUAAUGUUCUGUAAUGUAGUUGAAAAUGGGGUUUCUUUGAGGGAAAACCUAACCUUUGGGGUUGAUUACAAGAUGGCUCCAAGGUUUUAGAAGAAAAGGAUGUAGUGAAAGGCUGUUAAAAAAAAAAAAAAAUACAUGUCAAUUGCAAAUGUAAACUUGAUUGAUGGUUUUUAAGGAUUAUCUUUUUAAACUUGAUAUGCUGAUUUCCACAAAUAGAUAAUCAUUGACCUCUCCCCAUGGCUUCUAAUAUACAGCAAGGUGUAGGAUGUCAGAUCAUUGGGGACUACAACUGCUUCUUUACAGAAUAGAAUUGAAAAAUACCAGACAAUCUGCUUUGCAUAAAUACACCUGAUGAAACAAGAAAAAUAGUUUAUAGGUUUAUUCCUUUGCAUAAAAAGUAUAUGGAUGGACUGUUAUUAGACCCAGCUACAGUAUGUGAUGCCACUGAAUCCCACCUUAGAGAUUUCACUGCCUUUUCUACUUCUUGUUACAUUGAAUGAAUCUUUAGUCAGCACUGUAAAACAAAAAGAUGUUUGCAAGUGGCACAUUGGCAGUGGGAAUAUUUUGCCUAGCCAGAUUAAGACUGCAUGCAAUUUGGUGUGCAAUGUAGAUGAGGUUUUGUCUUGCUUUCCAGUACAUACUUUGCAUCUGGCGAUUAUUGGUGCAUAUGCUUCAGUGCCAGUUAGAAGUAAUAGUUUGGGGGAUUUAUUUCACUGUUACCGCUUGCUUGAGAGCUAUUGAUGUAUAAGCAAGAUUUUCUAAAAGUGAUAUUAUGGCUUGCGUUGUGCAUGUCCAAGGUCUGUAGAUUAUAUAUCCUGUUCUACCUUGGGUUCUAUUCAUUUGGAAACUUGUAACUCAAUCUUCUGUAAUUGCUUAUGCUUUAAUAUUCAAAAAUUUUUAGAGAAACCUUUCAAAGACUAAAGAGUUUUCCAAUGUGGUUUUCUGUUCUGGUUAGGAGUUUCGGACAGUUUAACACGAAACAAAUGAAUUUUUGAAUCCUAUUCAAUAAUUUUUGUUCUGCAGAAAUACAUGACAUUCACACUAUUGUUUUCAAAAGUAUUAAUGUGCCUUUACAUUGGUGCUUAGAACAUGAACAUAAAGCUUUCAUAUUGCUCUAGCUGUCUGACCGUAUAAUUUUUAUUUUAGGUCUUGACCUCUCAGCCAAUCAGGAGGAAGAGAGUGACCAAGAAACUUUCCAACUAGAAAUUAACAAGGAUACAAAGAAGUGUGCUUUCCGGACUCACACUGGAAAGUACUGGUCCCUCACCAGUACAGGAGGAAUACAGGCAAAUGCUUCUGCUCCGUAAGUCUGCUAGUAGUUAUGGUAUUCUGACAUUUCCAGCUUUUUACAUGUUAUGCUGUAACCAGUUAUACCUAUUCAAUUUUUUUAAUACACAGUGGAGCAUGUAUGCAGUGUCUAAACAGGAAAGGUACAUGUUUCCAUCUAUGGCUUCCUGUUGUGACCAAUUCUUUCUCAUUAUGCAUUUAAAAAAGUUGAAGAGGAGGUGUAACCACAAGUGGACCUAAAUUAAACUAAAUAAACUCUAACACUUCCACAGGCUUUGCUAUACCGCAAACCUGCACAACGAUUCAUAAAUAGAAUGAAAGAACGUUUCACUAUUGAUGUGUUAACUUCAUUGCAAAAAAAUUUAAUCUUAUUCGGCAAUAUCAAAAUUGUGUGUUCUUGAAACUCAUAGCAGCUCGCAGUUAAGAAGUUUAAGGAUAUUGAUAUAUGGUCAUUCUAGCUGACAUACAAAUCGGAGAUGAAAAUUUAGUUUUUCUUUUGAAUUGUAAUAUUUGCCUUUGAAUCAAUCAACAAAGACUAAUUUAGAAGGAGAUUCAGUUAAUUCAUGUAAGUUUUAAGGUUCUGUAUUGUUAAUAAACAUGGAAAGAUUCUCUAAACCCUUCCAUUCUCUGCUCUGUGCACAGAGAAGCUAAAUUGAUUUGUGGUACUCGAACUGUUAACAUGCUGCUACCUCAUCUGUUAAGUGCAUAUGGGAUUAUAUUGAGAAAAUGGCUAGAAAACAACCAAACAAUGAAACCUUUUUUUUUUUUAAUGGACAAAAUAUUUGUAUGUCCAGGGAUGUUUAAUGUGUGAAGUACAAGUAGAAGGUAUAACUGUAUUUACAGGGUUGAGAUGAGUGGACUCUGGGCUUAGAUUUUAAUUUUGAGUCUCUGGACAUUACCAUUAAUUACCAAUAUUUUCUAUGGACCUUGUGGUGCUUUUAGGAUAUAAUAUCUAGAGGAGGAGGAGGAGGAGGAGUAUGGGGCAUUUGUUUGAGGGGAGGAGAAGAGCAUGCACCUACUCACCCUAGUUAAGAACUGUUAGAUAUAUAAAUGUUUUCAUAGGCUUUCAUUUUGAUUAGUGAUUCUGCUUUAUUAGUUGUCCAUAACAGAUUUAAGCAUAGCUAUGAUUAAUCACCGGUCUGUCAGUGGAAAGAUCUUUUAAAUUUGUAUGAUUACCAAGCACACAUAAUUUAGAGGAACACUGUAAUGUCAGGAAUACAAACAGCCCAGCUUGCGUCACUUUGAAAAGGUGAUUUUUUUUAUUUUUAUUUUUUUAUGCUCCCCUUUUAUCCCACGCUAGUGUUUACCCUGAAGACACCAGAACCACUGCAUUAAGCUAUUGUGAUUCUGGUGACUUGUGUUGUUUUGAAGGACCACUAUAGUGCCCAGAGGGUGCCCCACCCUCAGGGUCCCCCUCCCGCCCGGCUCUGGGGAGAGUAAGGGGUUAAAACUUACCUUUUUUCCAGUGCCGGGCGGGGAGCUCUCCGCCUCCUCUCCUCCCUUUCGGCUGAAUGCGCAUGCACGGCAAGAGCUGUGCGCGCAUUCAGCCGGUCUCAUAGGAAAGCAUUCAUAAUGCUUUCCUUUGGACGCUUGCGUGUUCUCACUGUGAUUUUCACAGUGAGAAUCACGCAAGUGCCUCUAGCGGCUGUCAAUGAGACAGCCACUAGAGGAUUUGUAGGAUGGGUUAACCUUAACAUAAACAUAGCAGUUUCUCUGAAACUAUGUUUAUUAAAAAAAGGGUUAACUCUAGCUGGACCUGGCUCCCAGGCCACUUCAUUAAGCUGAAGUGGUCUGGGUGCCUAGAGUGGUCCUUAGUUAUUGCAUUUAUAUAGCACCAGCCUCUUCCCCUGUGCUUUACAAUAUUAUGAAGGGGAAAAUGUAACCAUAAAUGAGACAAUUACAAAUCGUUACAGGGAAAAUAGAAAGGGCAGCAUAGGGAGUAGAAACAAAGUGACAUUUUGGGAAGUUAGCAGAAUUGGAAAAUUAGGUUUAAGUGUGACCCUCUAAGAGAGACAAAGAAGUUUGUGAAAUAAGUUACCCUGGGAGGCUAUUCAGAAGCAGUUGACUUGUAGGGAACCUUAAAUGAUUGACGACUAAGGGAGAAUCUAAAGGGAGUAGGCAGGCUGCUCCAAAGGAGUGGAGCUGCCCUAGAAGUCUUGCAUGCAUGAGUUGGCAGUAUGCAUACAAGCAUCAGAAGCUAGAAGGUCAUUCAUACCUUUGAAUUGGUGAAAAAAUUUAGCAGGGGGUAAAGUUAUCUAGAGAUUUCAGUAAGAGUUAGUAUUUUGAAUUUAAUUCUAUAGGGUACAGGAAGCUAAUGUUAGGAUUGAUAGAGAGGUGAGUUGUAAGGAGCGAAAGGAGAGAAAAAAUAAGCCUGGCUGCAGCAUUUGUUACUGUAGGGAGGCAGUAUGGUUUCUCCAAAUUCCCUUUUCUCUUCCCCUUUCAGAAUCAGUUAUUCUUUUCUUCACUUGUGAACUGGUUCUCUUUACAACAUAAGGCAAAGUAGAGACUGUCUUGUGUAUUUUUCCUGUGUCUGGCAAAUGUGACAAAAGGAUGGAGCUUAAAGGAACACUAUAUGGUUAGGAACACAAACAUGUAUUCCUGACCCUCUAGUGCAAAAUCCAACUUUAAGGUGUCAUGAUUGCCAAGGUAAAAUAUAUGACAAAGUAUAUAAGAGCACUAGAUCAGAAAUGAAGAAGAGAACAGAUUCUGAAAGAUGGAAGAGAAGAGGAAGCGGGAGAAAAGAAAGUCUGAGGUUUUAAGUUAAUACUUUUUUCAAAGAAAGGCAGUAUACAAAGAAAACAAGAGGAUCAAGAACAGAGCACUUGGGGACUCUAGUAGAGACAGAAUGAGUGGAACGAGGUGUUAUUUGAAAAAGUGACACUGAUUUGUAGCAACAGGAAAAUGACAAUAUGACAGUGUCAUUGAGACAGAUGAUGUGAAGAGUUUGAUGGAGAAUAUGAUAAACCGUGUCAAAGGCAACAAAGGUCUAGAAGAGUGGUUUUUUUUUAUCCAGAACACUUUACAGUUUAUGCAAAAAAACACAAUGGGUGCAUAAGACAUCGCUAACUGUAAGGAUGUUCCAUGCAGACACCAAUUGUGGUACAGUUAAGAAUUCAGUUUAUUGAUCAGUGGCAAGCUCUUGUAAACAGAAUUUUAUUAGGAGGAAAGAAGUUUAUUGCUUUGCCUUUAAAUGUUGGAUCUUCACAAAUAAGUGAAUUACUUUUACAAUACACAUGUUGAUCCUUGUGACCCUUUAUUCUAUUUUAUGUUUCAGGAAUGACAACUGCUUCUUUGAUAUUGAUUGGCGUGACCACCGUAUAACCCUUAAGGCUGUAAAUGGUAAAUUUGUGACUGCCAAGAAAAAUGGACAGCUGGCUGCUUCUAUUGAUGCUCCCGGUGAGUUUAUCAAGGAUUUUCAUAUAAUAACCUCCUUUUUUUUAUGUGGAUGUACUUUUGUAAAUCAGUUUACUUAUUUGAAUUUUUAUGUGGGUGAAUUCUUAAAUGAAAGCUCCAACAUUGACCACAAACCUUUUAAUCAUGAGACACCCUGAACACUUCAGCAUAAAGGAAUUACAUUAUUUUGUCCUAUUAAUAUCAUGUGCACAAGUUUAAAUUAAUUUAUGAUGAAACUUGUUUUAGUUGCCUUCUGGUUCUGUUACAAGCCUCACUGCUUCCUUUGUCAGUGAAAUAAUGUUUAUACCAGCUGCCUUGUUAAAUUGCUUUUUUUUCCCCCACAGGAGAGACUGAGUUCUUCCUGAUGAAACUCAUUAAUCGUCCCCUAAUUGUUCUAAGGGGAGAGCAUGGAUUUAUAGGCUGCCGUAAAAUGACAGGGACCCUUGACUCAAACCGUUCAAUUUAUGAUGUCUUUCAACUGGAAUUUAAUGAUGGUGCAUACAGACUCAAAGGUGGGUUCUUGUACCAAAAUAUUUGCGUUUGUUCUGAAAAAAAAAAGGGUUUUGCAUUUCAAGGUGGUGUUUAUAAGGAAUUUUCUGUGACUUAUGUGUAUGUAAGUGUUUCUACUGUAUCUGCAUCCUAACAAUCACUUUUUUCUAUUUGCAGAUUCAACAGGAAACUACUGGACCGUGGGUAGCGACACUUCUGUUACCAGCAGUAGCUCCUCUCCAGUAGAUUUCUUCUUUGAGUUCUGUGACUUCAACAAGGUAGCCAUAAAGGUGAAUGGCCUGUACCUGAAGGGAGACCAUGCUGGUGUCCUUAAAGCCAAUGCGGAGACAAUCGACUCCUCAACACUCUGGGAAUACUGAGUAUGCCAUUCCAGUGGAGCUAGUCUGGACCUGGUUUAGUAUUAAAACAUGUGCCUGUCUGCCCCUGCAAGGCAUUAAAUCAACACACUAGUUGCAGAGGGGUUUUUCAUUCUAUUUUUGCAAAUUUACAGAUCUUAACAAGAAAGAAAGCAAAUCAUGAAGGUGCUGGUAGACUCCAACCUGUACAAUAUACAUGUUCCUGAAUUCUAAUUCAUGUCUUGUAAGCGCAAGACUUCAGGGAAGCACAGAUGUGUAGAAAAGAUUUGAGAAAUUACUCCUAUAGAAUUGGAGUAAACGCCUUUUGCAUUUUAGUGGUGUCCUCUUUAACCGAUUUCUCCUGCCACUUUGUACCAAAGCAGUUAUGAGCCAGUUUCUAGAUUAUUCUGGUUUCACAUUUUCUAGAUUUGUGCUAGAAGAUCUUGCUUUACAAGAACUUUAUGUGCUUUGUUGGUGGUUGUAGAGCAGUGACCUCCACGUCAAUUCAUGAACAAAAUGUUAGCACUAGAACAGAUGUGAUUAUGUUAAUUUGUUCCAUUCUAGAAGUCUUUGAGAGUGCUUCAAAAAUCAAGAUUUCUUUUCUUAUUCUAAGUGGAUAAAAAAUUUAUUCAGGCAUAAAUACAGAAGAUGCCCAUAAAGAUACUUAUAUAGAUUUAUUGGUAAAGCAAUAGCCUGUUUUUGGACUUUGCGCUAUCUGGUUUUCCCAUUAUGUAAAGUCCACACACCUGCACCUUCUGAUCUGAAGGGCACUUCUCUAUGCUGGAAAGUAAACAUGUAAAAUACUGGAAGGAACCAAAACAGUGUUUAUUAAUCUUUGUAUUCUCAUCUCACUUGUAACAUGAUGUAACUGCAGUUGUUUCUGCACCUGGCAUGUCUUUUAUCUACCUGUGGAGCACCAUUUUGCUGGUUGAGCUGUGCUGACACCUCUUACAUCUCCUGUCACACACAAAGGGUUAUUAACUUUUAUACUUGUAUAGAUGUCCACAAUUUACAGAUGUCUGUAUUGUGCAUUGUCCUUAACCCCUGGGUUUGCCAUUUUGCCGUACGUAAUAACUGACCCUUGUGGCUGUGUUGCCUGGUAGUUGACAGAGUAUGAAAAUGGACCUGCUGCCCCCGCUGCUUGCUUCCUGUGAUCUGGUGCCAGAUAAUCUCUCUUCAGUCUCUGAAUUGGUCUGUGAAGCUAACACAUUAGCAAUGUCUUUAAGUGCCAUUUAAAUAAAAACAAGCUGGAAAAAAUAUUGCCUCCUUUUCUUUGAAAAUGGCCUCAAAUCUAAUCUUC